GACGCGGCCGCCGGCCCGGGGCUGGGUACUUUGUCGCGAGGCCGCUUCCCCCCGGCCGGGCCCCCGCCGUCCCGCGUUCCACCGAGUGGCCGGCCCCCGGGGGGGGGCGGGGAGUCGGAGAGAGAGGGAGGGAGCGGGGCCGGUGGGCGCGUGCGGCGCGCGGCGGGACCCACGGAGCCCUGCGACCCGGGGAGCCUGGAGCCGGGCGGGGGCGGGGGAGCCGGCUCCAGCCCGGAGCAAACUUCGCCGCCGGGCGGGGGGCGGCAGGGACCCCGUCCGGAGCCGGAGGAGGGGGCGGCCGCGGGCCCUCCCGCCUCUGCCCCCACGCCUCCCGGCACCAUGCUGUCCAACUCCCAAGGCCAGACCCCGCCGGUGCUGUUUCCCAGCCCGGCGCCGCCGCCGCCGCCGCCGCCGCCGCAGCAGCCCCCCGCCCCGGCGCAGCCCCCCGCCCCGGCGCAGCCGCCGCCGCCGCAGCCGCCGCCGCCGCCGCAGUUCCCCCAGUUCCACGUCAAGUCGAGCCUGCAGAUCAAGAAGAACGCCAUCAUCGACGACUACAAGGUCACCACUCAGGUCCUCGGGCUGGGCAUCAACGGCAAAGUUUUGCAGAUCUUCAACAAGAGGACCCAGGAGAAAUUCGCCCUAAAAAUGCUGCAGGAUUGCCCCAAGGCCCGCCGCGAGGUGGAGCUGCACUGGCGAGCCUCCCAGUGCCCACACAUCGUGCGGAUCGUGGACGUCUAUGAGAACCUGUAUGCAGGCAGGAAAUGCCUGCUGAUUGUCAUGGAAUGUUUGGACGGUGGAGAACUUUUUAGCCGGAUCCAGGAUAGAGGAGACCAAGCAUUCACAGAAAGAGAAGCGUCAGAAAUCAUGAAGAGUAUUGGCGAGGCCAUCCAGUACUUGCAUUCUAUCAACAUUGCUCAUCGGGAUGUCAAGCCUGAGAAUCUCUUAUACACUUCCAAAAGACCCAACGCCAUUCUGAAACUCACUGAUUUUGGCUUUGCCAAGGAAACCACCAGCCAUAAUUCUCUGACCACUCCUUGUUAUACUCCAUACUAUGUGGCUCCUGAAGUGCUGGGCCCAGAGAAGUAUGAUAAGUCCUGUGACAUGUGGUCUUUGGGGGUCAUCAUGUAUAUCCUGCUAUGUGGGUAUCCCCCUUUCUAUUCCAACCAUGGCCUUGCCAUCUCUCCGGGCAUGAAGACGCGCAUUCGGAUGGGCCAGUACGAGUUUCCCAAUCCAGAAUGGUCAGAAGUAUCAGAAGAAGUGAAGAUGCUCAUCCGGAACCUGCUGAAGACAGAGCCCACUCAGAGGAUGACCAUCACGGAAUUCAUGAACCACCCCUGGAUCAUGCAAUCGACGAAGGUCCCACAGACCCCGCUGCACACCAGUCGGGUCCUGAAGGAGGACAAGGAGCGGUGGGAGGAUGUCAAGGAGGAGAUGACCAGUGCCUUGGCCACGAUGCGAGUUGACUACGAGCAGAUUAAGAUUAAGAAGAUAGAAGAUGCAUCCAACCCCCUGCUUCUGAAAAGGCGGAAGAAAGCUCGCGCUCUGGAGGCGGCAGGCCUCGCCCACUGAGCCGCGCCCGUCCUGCCCUGCGGGGGACAAGCAAUAACUCUCAGCCUGAAUCUAUUUUUUAAAACGAAGAGAAACAACUGCCCACUUCUACCCCCUCUCUUCCUCCGCUGCAAAGAACUUGGGACCCCCCCCAAAGGCUGAAUUCCACCUUCGCUUACGAGCACCCAGCUGGGAGGCGGAGAGGCGUGGAGAGAAGGGAGCAAGAUGCUCUUGAACCUGUGCUCAUUUUGCAAUUUCAUCAGUAAUUUGAUUUAGAAUUUUUAUGAAACUACUUUUGUUCUUUUCCCCACUCCCCCUCUUCUCUGCCAGGCCCCUUUAUCUCUGGGUACCUCCAGGGGCUUGGUAAAGAAUUGGUGGAAACCGUAGGGAGUGUCCCUGUGCUGUCCUGUCUGCCUUUUCCAUUUCUCCACUACAGCCCAAGGUCCCCCCGGGCAGAGACGUUCAGGGAGGUCAGGGCAGUGGGAGACUAGGGCCAGCAUGCCUGUCACCCUUUCUCCGGCAGGCGUCCUUGUGCAGAGGAGAGGGUUCGGGCGGGGUGAGUGUGCACGCACAUCUGGACUGUGCACCCAGGGGCUUAGAGGGAGGGACGCUGACGUGGCUCAGGAGCCUUUUCCUUCCUCGGGCCUGCUGUGCCUGAGCUGGGCCCGCCAGACAGCCUUGGAGCCUUCCCAGAGUUUGAGCCGGGCCUCUGUGGCCCGUCUCUCGGCUCGCUGGUUCUGGAGUUAGAGGGAUUACUUAGGACUUGGUGUCAAAAUUGGUGACUUGGACUCGCCAGCCUAGGACCCCUCUCCCCCACUCUCCAUUCAGUGUUGGUCAUCUGAGGCACCGGUCCACCUACCAAGUGUCCUCUCUACUCCCCCUUUCUGUGGUUAUUGAUCCACCUUGUUUAUUAGCCUUACAAUCGUAGCUAUUUCUCAGCCCGUGUGGGUGGGCCUGGACAGUUUAUAAGUGAUGCAAAGCUUUUGCAUUUCAUAACGUUUCUCCCAGGCUUGGGACAAUUGCUGUUUACCCCUGUGUGUAAAGGCAACCUGACCUUUGUGGUUCUUCAGCUGAUGUCCAUUGUGUGGCCUCGCAAGUGGGUGGGGGAGUCUUUGUACCAAAGAUGCCCUAACUCCUGCCUUAUAGCCACUUUACCCCCAGCCCAAACAGCUCAGCUUUCUGUGUCUGGGCCAGUGAGGAGGAGGUGGAAGGCCCUUCCCCCAUACGAGUUGGGGUGGGGGCUUCUGUGCCAAGGUUCUUUGGGGCAGGGGAAUGUAGAAGUCCAGCUUUGAUCUCCCUUGAGAGGGGAGGGUGGUGGAGGGGCACCCAGGGUCUUCUCUGGGCAGGGGAAGGGUUUCGGGUGCUGCGGCAGCGUCUUUCUAUGCUGAUGGUGUGCCCAGCACUCUACUGUUGUAAACUAUUGUUGUUUUGUAUGAGCAAAGUUGUCUUUACUAAACAAAUUUAAUAGUUCAAAAGUUUUCUUUCUCUUCUUUCAUGGGGCUCAUCUGUGCACCCUCCCUCUACCUACUUCCUUCCUGCAUAUGGAAAACUUGGGUAUUGGG